GAAGCGAAAAAAACAACAUGGCAGCUUCUACUUAUGUUUUUUAUUUCUAUUCAAUCCUUUCAUCUGGCAGAUUUUGAGUAAUCUGGAGUGCGUGGUUUGCGGGCGGAUUGAGGAAAGCAUUUGCAUCUUUCGUAGCAGUAAAUAUGAAAAAAUACGUUUAGCCUAUGGUUUCUGCUUGUAUCAAACAAAAACGCAAGUAGUACAUACGCAACCGGUCGGGCGGCAAAACUUAGUCAAGAGAACGUAACUCUAGGCGUUCCGCGUAGUGCAGUACCAAGUUUUGUGACCGUCGUCUGUAGUACUUGAUGGAACGCGGUUGAACUGAGGAUCUCAUCAGCACCUGGAAACCCGAGCUAAAAGCGAAACAUGUGCGGUGGAAGGGAAGAGCACUUCACGUUUGGCCCCUGGGAGGUGACUGGACGCUCCAGCCACAUCCUCCAGUCUCAGUGUCCCACUCCGAACGUCUGCAACGCUACUCCGUCCGAUGGCACUGGAGAGACCAACAAGUCCUGCGUCUUUUGCCGGUACGUUGAAGAGUUGAAGCUGCCCACCCAUCCCGACAUGACGUUUGCCAGCAACCUCCUUCGUCUUGAACACGCCGACGGCUACGGCAUCGAGUUCACCUGCAUGGAUGCGCUGCGGUGUCUGAGCAGUGACAACUAUGUGCCCAAAGUGGCGGCUGCCCAGGCUUGGAGGGAAUCGAGGCCCCUGGCAGACUAUCCGAGGGACGACCAACCGGCACCCUUCGAUUGGACGUACACAACAGAUUACAAGGGCACACUGUUUGCCAAGGACAAGGGCAUCACUGUAUCCGAUACACAGGAGCGCAUAGACAUGAACAAGCUCAAGCUGAGAGAGCAGAUCGUCUUCUACCAGGACAUUUGCCUCUUCGAGGAUGAAUUGGCAGACCACGGUGUCGCCCAGUGCUCCGUCAAAAUGCGCAUCAUGAAGAACAACUUCUUUGUGCUUCUGCGUUACUUCCUGCGCAUUGACAACGUCCUGCUACGCAUGAACGACACAAGGUUCUACCAUGAGGCUGGCUGGAACUACAUUCUGCGGGAGUACACCAGUCGAGAGUGCAGCGCAGCCCAGUUGGACCUCCCGGUGGCGGUGCUGACGGACCCGGCCGCCCUGAGCGAACACAUGCCCCUGAAGAAGACGGUUGUCGAACGCCUGGAGCUGCCGUCCUAGGCCACCGGGAGGGCGGUGCCGAGGCUUGAGCGCCAGGACCUGUAGGCCUCCAGGGGUCCCGACUCUGUCAGGGUUCGCUCGAGGUCCACGCAGGCAACACGCACCGACCGCUCUAGAGAGCCCGACCCGGAGUUGGCUUUCUCGGGCGGCUCUCCUCCACGGCGGCAAACCAAGUCCUGCGGAGAGCGGCAUUAAUGAGGCGUUGUCGAGUGCGUCUACAGCCACUCCGAGGCAGUUUGUACAGUCUUCAACGAUACGAGAGACCCGUCGACCAGGCUGGAUUAGCUUUGGCCGGGCACAUAUUGCUCGGUGGCGAGAAAAUAAAGGAAGCCUGGUUCUAUUCUCUCUUAGAAUAAAGUGUCUCUGGCCAGAGUGGGCUUCGCACCAUCGCAUGAAUUGCCUCGGCAAAUGGGUAUUUCAUAUUGCGAGAGACCUAUUGUGGGAAACUUUACAUGUGUAUGGGCAAAAUGCCCAGGCCAUGCAGCGUGCCUACUGUCUCGUUUGCCAUGGCAUUAUAGAAGAGUGCGGGACAUUGAGGUUUGGCCAAAGAGUUUCCUCGCUUCAUCAGAGGAAAAUAACGGAAACUGUAAGCAUGUGUUGUCCAACGCCUUAAAAUUCUAAUUAGCAUGUGACCUUUUCCCUAUAUGCUUGUUUAUGAGGCUCAUGGCCUCUUGUAACAAGGCGAUCAUCUAAAAAGCCUGUUCUACCAUUGGUUGACUUCCAUAAUAAAGAUGCCAGUUUCUACUCGCA